AUGGGUGAUUUUAAUGACUAUAUAAAUCUGGAUGAUAAAAUUGGGGGGGACACAUCUCGCACCCCAUCUGGCCAGUUUCAAAAUUUCCUUGACUCUUUCGCUCUCCAUGCUCUCAGUUUUACUGGCAACCCUUUCACAUGGACAAAUAAACAAAAUCAGCAAUUCCAUACCCAAGAGCAUAUCGACUGGGGGAUUUCUAACACUGAAUGGGAUUCUUUGUUCCCAAAGCAUCAUCUUCUCCAUGGAGAUUACUUUGGAUCCGAUCAUCGCCCCCUAAUUUUGAACCUUCAUCACACACCAACCUCCCAAAAUCAUAAUACCCGCUUCUUUUUUGAUAAACUUUGGUUGUCUGAACCGGACUUUGAAGAUUGUCUUCGUCAUGCUUGGACUUCGAACCUUCAUAGCAAUACUACCGAUUACACCUUGCGAAAUGGAAGAACUGUCCCUAUACUGACACUGAAAUCAAAAGAGAUGCUUUCCAACUCGCCAAUGAUAAAGCCCCCCGGAUCUGAUGGCUUUCACGACACCUUUUUCCAAAAAAACUGGCAUAUUGUUGGGCAUGAUGUUCUACUAGCCGCUAAAGGUUUUCUGAAUGGGGAUGCAAACAUUGGUGCCAUCAACCACACGGUUAUUGUGCUCAUUCCUAAGCAUUCCCACCCCCAACAAGUGACUGAUUAUCGUCCCAUCAGCCUCUGUACGACUCUGUACAAAAUCAUCUCUAGAGUUCUUGCCAACCGGCUUAAGCCUAUUCUCAGUCGUAUUAUAUCACCUACUCAAAGUGCUUUUCUUCCUGAUAGAUUAAUUUCGGAUAACAUUAUUAUCAGCCAAGAAGUUUUUCAUGCUUUAUCCCAUCGAAAAAAUGGCCGAACUGGUUGGAUGGCCAUCAAAUUGGAUAUGGCAAAAGCAUUUGAUCGAGUCGAAUGGAGAUUCAUCAGGCAGAUCAUGUCCAAGUUCAAUUUUCCUGCUCGCUUCAUCAACCUUGUGAUGGCUUGCAUUUCGACUGUUUCUUUCUCCUUCUCUAUUAAUCAUCAAGUUCUGGGAAGAGUCAUACCAUCUAGGGGAAUCCACCAAGGUGAUCCUUUGUCCCCUUAUCUCUUUCUACUUUGCUCGGAAGGUCUUUCUUCCCUCAUUUCCCAGAAGACACUGACCAAUAACUCACGUAACCAAGGACUUGGUCUCAAGAUUUCCCACACUGCCCCAAUCAUAUCUCAUCUUUUCUUUGCGGACGACAGUCUUCUCUUCAACCCUUCUUCUCCAAGUGCCGCCACCACAAUCAAGGAUAUAUUGCAGGAUUAUAGUUCAGCAUUGGGCCAGAUGGUCAAUUACAGCAAGUCAUCUCUCUUUUUCUCACCCAACACUAAUGAGAACAUCAAAAUCCAUAUCACUUCUGUCUUGGGUAUUCCCAUUCGAAAUUCCUUUGAGAAAUAUCUGGGGCUUCCCCAAACUUUUGGGAGAACUAAAAAAGAGGUUUUCAAUUACCUUAAAGAUCAUGUCUGGUCACAUCUGAACAAAUGGAACUCAAAGCACUUUUCAAAAGGUGGAAAAGAAAUUCUUCUGAAAGCUGUGGUUCAGGCGAUUCCAUCUUAUGCCAUGUCUUGUUUCAAGUUGCCUGCCUCUUUUCAUUCAAAGAUCGAGUCCAUGAUGCCUUGUUUUUGGUGGGGAGGAACUGAAAGCAACCGAAAAAAUCAUUGGAAAAAAUGGUCCUCACUCAGUCGCUCAAAAUUUCAUGGAGGACUUGGUUUUCGCUCAAUGAAGGCCUUUAAUCAAGCGAUGUUGGCAAAGCAAGCUUGGCGCUUACUUCAAGCACCCCACUCUCUUGUUGCUACCAUACUUAAAGCCUGCCGACCUUCACUUGUUUGGAUUAGUGUCUCCUGGGGAAAGGAACUUCUAGUUUCAGGACUUCGAAAAUCAAUAGGUAAUGGUGCAAGUACUUCAAUAUACAAUGAUGCUUGGAUCCCUGGAUACGGUAAAGUCAACUACCUCAAACACCUCUCAGACGGAAGUUCAAAUGUAUCAAAUCUUAUAACCCCGUCUCAUCAAUGGGAUUCAAAUCGUAUUAGAACCAUUUUUCCUGUUGAUAUUAGUCAAGCCAUUGAAUCUAUUCCACUCUUGCCCCUAUACCCUGAUACCUAUUACUGGCCAUACACAACACAUGGAAAUUAUUCUGUAAAUACAGGUUACCAUAAAGCCCAUUCCUUAAUGAGUAAAGAUGAUCCCACCCCUUCGGAUACCAUGGCUAGCCAAACCUGGUGGAAAAAGAUGUGGACACAAACAAUCCCACCUAAAGUUAAGCUCUUCAUUUGGAGAACCUUUUACGACAUCCUUCCCAAAAGCUACAAUCUGCAUAAGAGAAAGUCCAUCCCUUCACCAAAUUGUUGUCGUUGUCAACAUCACAUGGAGACCCUAGAGCAUGCUAUUUUCAGAUGUUUGACUGUCCAAAAGGUAUGGAAAUUGACCCAAUUCUCUUCUUUUAUAUUUAAAUAUAUGGAACUAACUUGCAGGGAAAUUGUUCAUGUGGCCGCUUCAUCUCUCACGGAUAGAGACUACCAAUUUUUCCUUUGUUUGCUUUGGAAGAUUUGGCAUUGCAGGAAUGAUUAUCUCCAUCACCAGAAGCUAUCGGCACCAGCUCAUGUGAUCCAAUCAACCUCUGAUUAUUUGGAUCUGUAUCAACAAAAUAACAGGCAUUCACUCACAUCGGGGACCCAUCCUUCUUAUACAGUAGCAGAUAGUUACGAAGCCCCUUCAUCUUUUAACUUAAAACUGUCUGUAAAUGCUGCCCAGAACACAACAACAAACAAGACAGGUUUUGGUAUGGCGCUCUUCAACAACAUGGGGGAUUUGCUUCUUGGUGCUAAUCAUCAUUUGCUCUUAAACAGAUUUGCAAAGGACAUUAAAAACUUCCUAUCUUAUCUUCCUAAUGCUACUUUUGUACAUAUUUCUAGGGAGCAAAAUGAAGAUGCUCAUCGUCUUGCAAAGUUUUCAUUAGGCCUAGAUCAGGAAGAAAGCAAUGUACUGGGUAAUUUUUAUUCAGUUGGAGAAGAAGCGAAGAAGCAAAGAAUGAGCAGAAUACUGAAAGUGAAAGUCUGA